CGAUGUGACGUCACCAAUACGAGGCGUCCAACUUUUUUCAUGGCCAUGCAAACUACACGAGUUGGCAACACUCAGAUGUGUCACUUUUGUAAAGCCACAUGCUUUGUGUUCUGUUGAAGUGUGUUUUUCCUCCCCAGUUCCCGAAGAGUUGGCUCUUUGACGAAGACGUGUCGCGUUCAAUCCACAGUGACUUUUCGUACGUUCUCAGAAUUUCAACUGAUGCUGUUGGCAGUAACAUCCAGGUGAGCUGAUCUGUGGAUGUGGGAGGAUAUCAUUUACCUGACCCACCAGACUCACCUGCAGGACAGACAGAGCCACACCCCAGAGCAGACCCAACUCACCUGGACAGAAGAGCCAUCUCACCUGGACAGAAGAGCCAUCUCACCUGGACAGAAGAGCCAUCUCACCUGGACAGAAGAGCCAUCUCACCUGGACAGAAGAGCCAUCUCACCUGGACAGAAGAGCCAUCUCACCUGGACAGAAGAGCCAUCUCACCUGCAGUCCCAGAGAAGAGCCAUCUCACCUGCAGUCCCAGAGAAGAGCCAUCUCCCCUGGACAGAAGAACCAACUCACCUGGACAGAAGACCCAUCUCACCUGGACAGAAGAGCCAACUCACCUGGACAGAAGACCCAUCUCACCUGGACAGAAGAGCCAACUCACCUGGACAGAAGACCCAGCCCAGAGCAGACCCAUCUCACCUGGACAGAAGAGCCAUCUCACCUGCAGUCCUGAAGGUUUCCCAGAGUUCCACCAGCUGUUACUAUAGUAACCACCAGCCAUGGGGAAGCAGAACAGCAAACUCCGCCCGGAGGUGAUGCAGGAUCUGCUGGAGAGCACGGACUUCACAGAGCAUGAGAUCCAGGAGUGGUAUAAGGGCUUCCUGAGAGACUGCCCCAGCGGGAACCUCUCCAUGGAGGAGUUUAAGAAGAUCUACGGUAACUUCUUCCCUUACGGAGACGCCUCCAAGUUCGCGGAGCACGUCUUCCGCACCUUCGACGCCAACGGGGACGGGACGAUAGACUUCCGGGAGUUCAUCAUCGCUCUGAGCGUCACGUCGCGGGGCAAGCUGGAGCAGAAACUGAAGUGGGCCUUCAGCAUGUAUGACCUGGACGGGAACGGAUACAUCAGCAAGUCUGAGAUGCUGGAGAUUGUACAGGCGAUCUAUAAGAUGGUGUCGUCUGUGAUGAAGAUGCCAGAGGACGAGUCUACUCCAGAGAAGAGAACAGAGAAGAUCUUCAGACAGAUGGACACCAACAGAGACGGUAAACUGUCUCUGGAAGAGUUCAUUAAAGGGGCUAAAAGUGACCCCUCCAUCGUGCGUCUGUUACAGUGUGACCCCAGCAGCGCUGGACAGUUCUAAACCACCCGACUUUGGGGGUCAAGACAAGUUCUUAUUGGGUGAAUCCAAAUAGCCCCUCCCCCCUCCACCUUUGGAGCAAACUGAUGAAGAAGAAGAGCCAUGCCUUCAAAUGAUGACACUGAAGACAACGGGGCCAAUGAGAGGCAGCCAUGUUCUCCAGACUCCUCCCUCCUCCUCUCUAACCACUCCCAACCUGACAACAUCUCCAGGCUCUCGUGAUCCCAUGUAUUUGAUCUCUCGUGAUCCCAGUCACGAUGUGAUCCAGUCCACUGGCCAUGUAUUUGAUCUCUCGUGAUCCCAGUCACGAUGUGAUCCAGUCCACUGGCCAUGUAUUUGAUCUCUCGUGAUCCCAGUCACGAUGUGAUCCAGUCCACUGGCCAUGUAUUUGAUCUCUCGUGAUCCCAGUCACGAUGUGAUCCAGUCCACUGGCCAUGUAUUUGAUCUCUCGUGAUCCCAGUCACGAUGUGAUCCAGUCCACUGGCCAUGUAUUUGAUCUCUCGUGAUCCCAGUCACGAUGUGAUCCAGUCCACUGGCCAUGUAUUUGAUCUCUCGUGAUCCCAGUCACGAUGUGAUCCAGUCCACUCGCCAUGUAUUUGAUCUCUCGUGAUCCCAGUCACGAUGUGAUCCAGUCCACUGGCCAUGUAUUUGAUCUCUCGUGAUCCCAGUCACGGUGUGAUCCAGUCCACUGGCCAUGUAUUUGAUCUCUCGUGAUCCCAGUCACGAUGUGAUCUAGUCCACUGGCCAUGUAUUUGAUAAGUCCUAGGGGUUUACAUCCCAAAUCACAGGGAAUAGGGCUCUGGUCUAAAGUAGUGCACUACAUAGGGAAUAGGGCCCUGGUCUGCAGUAGUGCACUACAUAGGGAAUAGGGCCCUGGUCUAAAGUAGUGCACUACAUAGGGAAUAGGGCUCUGGUCUAAAGUAGUGCACUACAUAGGGAAUAGGGCCCUGGUCUAAAGUAGUGCACUACAUAGGGAAUAGAAUGCAGUUUGAGACGUAUCCCGUCCUGUUUUAAGGCUGUCAACUGGACUCUGUUUGGUUGUCAGUGUUCUGGACACACCCACUGCCCUCAACUAGGUCCUCCUAGCUCUUGUGUAUCGUAAACCGUUUGAGAGAGAGGGGGAAUGAGAGAGAGAGAUAGAGGGAAUGAGAGAGAGAGAUAGAGGGAAUGAGAGAGAGAGAUAGAGGGAAUGAGAGAGAGAGAUAGAGGGAAUGAGAGAGAGAGAUAGAGGGAAUGAGAGAGAGAGAUAGAGGGAAUGAGAGAGAGAGAUAGAGGGAAUGAGAGAUAGAGGGAAUGAGAGAGAGAGAUAGAGGGAAUGAGAGAGAGAGGGAAUGAGAGAGAGAGGGAAUGAGAGAGAGAGGGAAUGAGAGAGAGAGGGAAUGAGAGAGAGAGGGAAUGAGAGAGAGAGGGAAUGAGAGAGAGAGAUAGAGGGAAUGAGAGAGAGGGAGAGGGAAUGAGAAAGAGAGGGAGAGGGAGAGAAAGGUUGUAAUAUUUGUCCCAUGGAUGGAAAGAGAAGUUAGUUAUUUUACUGUUAGAAUGUAGAUGUGUUGGAUGUGUUUUUCAGGCUUGAUACACUUGUGUUAAGUUGUACUAUUUUAAAUUGAUAUUUGUGCUGGUAUUUUUCAGACUCCAGUUAAAGAUUGGGGUCUCCAUAUAGUACUAUGCAGAUACUGUUAAAGGCCUUUAGUCAUGGUUGGAAGUACCUCUCGUGAAAUAAAGGAUGAGGACUGUCCCCAGGGACGUGUCCCAAAGGGCACCCUAUAUAGUGCACUACUUUAGACCAGGGCCCAUAGGGCUCUGGUCCCUGUGGUCUGCAGUAGUGCACUAUAUAGGGUGCACUUUGGGACACUUCCUGUCACAGAUAAUGUGGUUAUCGAUGUUAACUACAUGGUUAUUUUUGACAUGUUUCUCUUAAAUGUAUGUGUUUUA